AUGAACUCGCGAGCGGUGGCUUUGGUGUCGUGCGCCGGCCCCAAAUGCACGGUUGUCAAGCAAACUCUGCCCAAAGCCAUGUUUAAAAAUAUACUGCGUCGUUUUAUGAAUGAAAUCCGUUUGUACGCACGUUUGGAUCACCUGCGGAGACUUAACCACGCCCAUCAUGAAGAAAAAGAUGGUCGUCAAAAAAAUCGUGGCUCGGCGACAGCUCGGAGCCGCGAAGUGAAAUUUGUUUUGCACUAG